AUGCCCCGCCUGCAAGCCCAAGAUGCCCCCUACACUCCGAGUGAAGCCCCGGAGGACGUUAUCAUCGUCCGCCUGGGUGCUCCAACGGGGUCAAACAACUUCAAUUCCACCGGUGCGGAUGGAGUUGAGCGUCUCGUGGAGCUUCCAGCGAAGAUUCGCAAGAUGACGCUGGCUUCACGGGGGAUGUUGGCGUUCGUGCAGCUGUUCGAGCAGUCAGACUCGCGUGUUGCUGGAGAGGUGACCCAUGUGAUUUCUCCCCAGGAGGUCAAGGCUUGGCGGAAGACCGGGGAGUGGCCAUCCACAUUGGACACGCAGCAGCAACCACAGCAGAGGGCCGGGGACAGUGAUGAGCUGCCAGAGAACCCCAACCGAAGGCGGCAGGUGGAGGCGGACUCUGAGGCCGAUAGCUCCGAGGAGGAGAGCUCUGACGAAGAGUGA